AAAAUGAACUUCAAAGGACCUCAGAAGCUGCACUAAAUAGGCUUGAAACUCAUGAGUCCUGGCUCCAUGUUAGUGGUCUCACAAUCUAUCUCCACUCAUCAAUGAUAGCCCAUUUGAUGGGUGCAUUGCUGAUAUGAGUGACCAAAAGGUUGAGCCAAAGGGGGAUCAAAAGGCUGAGCAGAAGAGCAGCCCAAAAGGGGACCCAAAGGAUAACCAGAAGGGUGAACAGAAGCCUGAGCAAAAGGCUGACCACAAGGCUGAAAAAAGGAAAAACCUUGAUUAUGAACAAAUGAAAGCCCAGGCACCAAAGAUUUUGGCUGAUAUGGUACACAUGCUUCUCGUGUGGCGGAAAAUGGGCUUCAAUGUGCCACGAGGUGUCAAGAACAUCUUUGAAUUCACAUGGGACGAACUCAUGGUGUUACCACCAAGGAAAUCUUUCAGUGGCAUAUAUUGUCCUGUUGUCAAGUUCCUUUCUCCUGACGAGGCUGAAAUCUCCUCAGCUGCGACUUCUAGAACUCAAAAAGUGGCCACUACAGUCUCUGCAGCAAAGCCUAAUUAUGUGUCGCCUUCAUUUGAAAAUCAACAGAUGCUCCUCAGAUUCCAAAAACGGUCUGUCCAGCUUUUGUCUGAACUGCUAAAGAUGAAGAUGAAGAUAAUGAUUGAUGCUGUUGCAGGCCCAAACGCUGAAGAGACUGCAAGGCGAUUCCUGGAAGGCGGUCGACAGCUAAGCCCUCAGACCCGUGAAGAAGCAAAGGAACUCAUGAGCAAAGGACCAAGGAGGAAAGGGCGUGGUGCAGCCCCAGCUGUUCCAGCAAUUCAGAUUUCUUCCACCACCCAGCUUGUGCAGCAAAUGUCAUUUUCUUGUCUUUGCUUUUCAUUAGCAUUCAAAGACAGCAAGGCGUCAAAGAGCUCAGGUAAAGGUGGCAGUCGUACUUUUCAUGAAAAGGAAAGUUACGAUGAGAGACUUGAUCCGUGCCCCGAAGCUAGGGAGAAGCUCAGAGAAAUUUGCCGACACAUAGAGGAAGAGAAGACUGCAGCCUUGGCCAAAGGCCACAACAGGCCCCUAAUACUGAGAAACUACAUCACCAUCCACAGGUCCCCAUCUCAGGCCCUGAAAAGAGACUCCUUCUCUCAAGCUGGUCAUGAGCUCCGACGUUUCAAAGGGAAGAAGAUGUUCUUUGCCCUUCCUGAUGGAACAGUGACAAUGUACUACCCGUCAGGAAGUCUUGCGGUAUGUCAGUUUCCAUUAUGCUGCAUAGGGAGAACAAUCACCCUGCUGUUUCAAGAUGCUCCGAGUCAUGUACUACUCGCUUCGUUUACAUCACAUGGUCAUUCUUGCGUGCGUUACUGCUUUAGAUCCAGCUGUUCAAUGGCGCUUCUGAUGAAUCCUGAAGGAGGAAGCGUUAGAGACAAGGAUGGCUAUUUAACCCACCACUGGAGCUGGCAUUCCAAAACCCAGAUUCUACAGUCGAUAGACUUUCAGAUAAAUGAACAAAUAAAACUGAAAGUUCUUAAUCAAAACUCCAUGACACUCAUUUUUACUGCCCUCAAUGAAAGCAUCGCCAUAUCUUUGGUAAGACCUGAAUGUGUUCAUGGGUCCAAGAUGGAGAAGCAGCCGUCUUUAAGAAACGUUGAAAGUGAAGACAGGGAUGGACACUGGGCACGAAGUUUAGCAGAGCUUAGGAGGAGGUUUGAGAAGAGAGUGAGACAAUUUAUAAAUGGUGUUCUGCUGGUUUCAGGGAUAUGUUGUAUCGACUACCCACUUGAAUUUUCCUCUGUCAAGCAUGUGAAGUUUGUGGGAAGAGAGGCGCCACUUCAUGCUUGGGACCGAAAACCCAGUAGCUCCCUUUCAGAAGUAAAGGCAAAAUCAAGUGUCAAACCACUUCUUACGCAGAGCAUUACUGGUUACUUACCUUUCAAGAAAAAACGACGGCCUGAUUCACGAGCCAGAGCAAAAUCCCCAGCAGGAGAUGCGGUGCCUGUACCAGAGACUUGGGCUGCUUCUCCUACUGACUGCCCAGUGGUGCUGCGAAGAAUUUUGGCCAAAGAGGAUGAUGGCAUGUGUUGCAAGUGUGUGGUGAAAGUCCCCUUGAUUACUGACAUGGAGUUUGAGAAGUUUAUCGCAGCCCCAAGAGACCCUCAGCAAGUGAUUGUGAUAUGCGUACUGUCCACCCAAAACCAUUCCUACUCUCCUUUCUUUGAGUGGUCUGUUGAGAAGAUUUAUGUACACAUGCAGCAUGGCCGCCCCUCACCUUGUAUUCAGUGCAAACAUGAUCCUUUCCGCUUCCUGAAAUAUGACCUAGAGAGCCCUCUGAACCAAAAGCCCCCUCUUCUGGUGCAGAAACAUGGCGUUGUCCCUGGAAUGGUGGUGAUGUAUGCUGGAGGGAAGCUGCUCUUUGGGAGCACAGUUUUCAACGGAUACAGCUACAGCAAGAGGGACCUGCUGAAGCAGAUCAACCAAGUUCGCCUUGACUGCAAGAUGGGCCACUUCCUGCCACAGAGUUUCAAAUUUAGCCCCACUGCUGAACCUCCAAAAGCUCCUUGCAAAGUUGUAGAAAGUUUGUAUGACCUCAAGAUGAAGGAGCCUUCGCCUGAAGAGAAGCCUGCUGUUGAGAAAAAAAAGAAAGAGGUGGCAGAGAAGCCAAAGCGUGUCGGUAGCGGAAGGAAAAAAACAAAGAAAUAGGAUAUGGGACAGAAAGGGUAUUUUGUUUCUUCUCUUUACAUGUAUACACAUAUUUAAUGUACCCACAAAUGUAGAUAGUACUUGCAGCUAGUAGGAUUUUUUUUUAGCAUUAUAAAG